AUGAGUGACAAUGCUGGAGAAGGGAGAGCAUCAGAAAAGAGGAAAAAGCAGAAAAGCAGGAAAGCUGGGGAGAGUUCCCAGGUGGAAGAUGAAUUCAAAGAACUGUCUAUCUACUUCCUGAAAGAGCAAUGGACAGAGAUGGGAGCCUGGGAGAAAACCCGCUACAGGAACAUGAAACGGAACUAUGAGUUUAUGGUUGAGCUAGGCCUUCCUACCCCAAAACCUGCAUUUAUGUGUUGUGGUCGACGUCCCCAAAACCCCAUCGUAUACGACUCUGAGUCUGAUGAAGACUGGACACCAAAACCUUUAGUUAAAACCUUCAGGCCACCAUGUAAAUCUGGCAGUUUGAAACAGGAAAAAAAGAAAAGGCAGAACAUCAGUCAAAAUGAAAAGAAAGUGCUAGAGAAAGCCUCUGAGAAUCAAACGGACGCUGAGAAAUUGAACAAAAAUUCAGAUGUGGGCACCAGAAUCCCUGUCACUAAUGUUGUUGAUCUGAAAACUGAUCUACCCAGGUUAGCAGCUUCUAAAACCCCAGGGCAGAGCACCCAAGUUAACACGUACAGCUUACGAAAGAGACAGAAAAAAGUGUACGUUGAAAUAAAUGAACCACAAGAUGAUGAUUACUUAUUUUGUGAGGCGUGCCUGACAUUCUUCAUUGAUGAGUGUUCAGUUCAUGGCCCUCCAGUUUUCAUCAAAGACCCAAUAGUAGAAACAGGACAGGAAAGGAGAGCAGCUCUCACUUUGCCCCCGGGGAUGAGAAUUGGGCUUUCGAGUAUCCCACAGGCUGGGCUUGGAGUCUGGAAUGAGGCAGACACCCUGCCAGUUGGAGUUCAUUUUGGCCCAUACGACGGAAGGAUAACAGAGGAGGAGGAAGCAGCCCACAAUGGUUAUUCUUGGCUGAUCACCAAGGGAAGAAACUGGUAUGUAUACAUUGAUGGAAAGGAUGAAACUAAUGCCAACUGGAUGAGGUAUGUUAACUGUGCUAGGGAUGAGGAAGAGCAGAACCUUGUCGCUUUCCAGUAUCAUGGGAAAAUCUACUAUAGAGAGUGCAGGGCCGUCCUGCCGCACUGUGAGCUUCUGGUCUGGUAUGGGGAUGAAUACGGCAAGGAGCUGGGCAUCAAGUGGGGCACGAGAUGGAAAAGCACAGCGCCACCCAAAGUGCGUGGGCAGGAUCCACACUGCCAUCCAUGCCCUCGCUGCAGGCUGGCUUUCAGCAGCAAAGAUUACCUCAGCCAACACUUGAAGCGUAAGCACCUGCCCACCGAAUUGCAGACUGAAGAAGACGAAGGUCUUUUGGGAGGGGAAUCUUGUCCUAAAACCAGAGGUCUUUCCUUCCCGGGGGAUCCAGCAUCACAGCAGCUGCCACCAGACCCCAGCUCCCUCCACAAAGGCACAUGGGGAAAGAAACCACAUUUGCAAGGGCAAAGGGAAGGUGUGGGAGAUAGAGAGGCAUUUGGCUUACUGUCAAACCUGCCUCCACAGCAGUGGAGGGACACAACAGGGGAGCCACAUGCACAGAGCAAAACAGGGGAGGAGGGAGGUUGCGGUCACAGACAAAAGUAUUCCUGCGGCGAGUGUGGGCAGAACUUCCACAGGCCAUCACACUGGGUUAGACAUCAGCAGAGCCACACAGGAGAGAAGUCCUAUCCUUGUGAUGAGUGCGGGAGAAGGUUCAGCGAGUCAUCCCACCUCACCAGACACCAGCGCAACCACACGGGAGAGAGGCCCUUCCAGUGCCUGCAGUGUGGGAGGAGGUUCAGCCAGUCCUCCAGCCUCACUGCCCAUCAGCGCAUCCACACUGGAGAGAGGCCCUUCCAGUGCCUGCAGUGUGGGAGGAGGUUCAGCGAGUCAUCCCACCUCACCAGACACCAGCGCAACCACAUGGGAGAGAGGCCCUUCCAGUGCCUGCAGUGUGGGAGGAGGUUCAGCCAGUCCUCCAGCCUCACUGCCCACCAGCGCAUCCACACUGGAGAGAGGCCCUUCCAGUGCCUGCAGUGUGGGAGGAGGUUCAGCCAGUCCUCCAGCCUCACUGCCCAUCAGCGCAUCCACACUGGAGAGAGGCCCUUCCAGUGCCUGCAGUGUGGGAGGAGGUUCAGCGAGUCAUCCCACCUCACCAGACACCAGCGCAACCACAUGGGAGAGAGGCCCUUCCAGUGCCUGCAGUGUGGGAGGAGGUUCAGCCAGUCCUCCAGCCUCACUGCCCACCAGCGCAUCCACACGGGAGAGAGGCCCUUCCAGUGCCUGGAGUGUGGGAGGAGGUUCAGCCAGUCCUCCAGCCUCACCAGACACCAGCGCAACCACACUGGAGCGAGGCCCUUUCAGUGCUCGGACAGUGGGAGAAGGUUCAGGCAGCCAUCAAACCUGACUGGCCACCAACGGAUUCACGCCUAG